AUCAAUAAGAUUUGGCUGUGCCACGGAUAACCGCUGAGUACGGACGGUUGUAAAGCAAAAAAUAUACGUGCGCUAUUAUUUGUUUUAUCGCGAAAUGUGUAAGAAUUAUAAAUAAGUGCAAUCGCUCAAAGUAAACAUUUAAGAUAAAGCAUGAAAUGUGUCUAAUCAAGGCAGCAGCUGUUACGAGCCACUAAGAACUUUUGGUCAAGGGCAUGGCGCAUUGACUCUCUGGCAUACUUGGCUCUAAAAACCAAACCAAAUCCAGUUGAGCUGCGGUCAUGUUGCAGCCAACGCUGACGCCAGACCUGGAGGAUGUCGGCGGUCAGGACAGCAUUGUUCUGGGCAUGGCUGGCGUUUGCCUAGACGACACCGAUGUGGAUGUGGACGUGGAUGUCGAUGCCGAUGCCGAUGCCGAUGUGGAAGUGGAUGUGGAUGCGGUUCCCGAUCGUAAGCCCCAUUUCUUGGACUAUGAUGCCGCAGUGCCGCCAGAUUACGAGGACAGCUAUGGCUAUAGAGCCGCCGCUGGGGAGCAGCUGAAAAUGGAUAAGAAAUUCGAGCGUGAUGGCGAGAUCAGUGACUAUGAGCUGGCCGCUAGUGGCUAUACCAAGAAAGAGUUCACCCAGGACGACAAUACGCUGCAUUUUACGCAAAGCAGCGGCGCAGCCGGCAGCGCCAAGAAGCCAGCCAAGCACUUUCUGGACGAGAAUCCGAUACCGCCCGACUAUAUGCUGGCGCAGGAGCUGCGCGAGCAUCGCAGCCUGGAUCGCAAUUUUGAGCGGCAGUCGGCGCAGCAGCAGCAGCAGCAGGAACUGCUCCCAGCGCAGCGUCUGGGCUCACCAGCUGGAGGAGCAACUACAUCAGCCGCAUCAACUGGAACAAGCGCCGCAAGUCGCGUUUCACGCACCAAGGAGCCCUCGUAUACGCUCUCUAGAUUUCUGGAUGCGGAUGCGACGCCGCCCCCGUUGCCGCGUCUGCCGAAAGGUGCCGCCUGGACGAGCACAAGCGAAGUAGAUGCCACGCUCGGCGCCAAGGUCGAGUGUGUCUACUCGCUGCUCUCAAUGCUGGGCUCCAAUGAUCCCUUGGAAAUGUCCAAAAAGUUUCUCGAGCUCUCCGGAAAUAGUCAGAGCUGUGCAACGCUGCGUCGCUCCGGCUGCAUGCCGCUGCUGGUGCAGAUGAUGCAUGCGCCGGACAAUGAGCAGGAGGUGCGAAAAUGCGCCAGCCUCGCGCUGCACAAUGUGGUGCACAGUCAUCCGGACGAGAAAGCGGGCAGGCGUGAGGCGAAAGUGCUACGCCUGCUCGAUCAGAUUGUGGACUAUUGCAGUUUCCUCAAGACGCUGCUGCAGAGCGGCGGCGAGGCCAUAGCCGAUGACUCCGAUCGUCAUCCCCUGGCGGCCAUUUCGUCCCUGAUGAAGGUCAGCUUCGAUGAGGAGCAUCGUCAUGCGAUGUGCGAACUGGGCGCACUGCAGGUAAUACCCAAUCUGGUGCAUUUGGAUCAUGCUGUGCACGGACCAAAGCCGGAGGAUCAGUGCUGCAAUUCGCUGCGCCGUUAUGCGCUGAUGGCACUCACCAAUCUAACAUUUGGCGAUGAAAACAAUAAGGCGCUGCUCUGUGGCCAGAAGCAGUUUAUGGAGGCGCUGGUCGCCCAGUUGGACACAAGCGGACCCGACGAUCUGCUCCAGGUGACGGCCAGUGUGCUGCGCAAUCUCUCGUGGCGCGCCGACAGCAACAUGAAGGCGGUGCUCAAUGAGAUUGGAACCGUGACCGCACUGGCCAAGGCUGCCAUGCGCAACAAGAGCGAGAAUACACUAAAGGCCAUACUCUCGGCAUUGUGGAAUCUUUCGGCGCACUGCAGCACCAACAAGGCGGAGUUCUGUGCGGUUGAGGGCGCACUCGCCUUUCUGGUCGGCAUGCUCAGCUAUGAGGGACCGAGCAAGACCCUCAAGAUUAUCGAGAAUGCUGGCGGCAUUCUGCGCAAUGUCUCCAGUCACAUAGCCGUCUGUGAGCCCUAUCGCCAGAUCUUGCGCCAGCACAAUUGCCUGGCCAUACUGCUCCAGCAGCUCAAAUCGGAGAGCCUGACGGUGGUGAGCAACUCGUGCGGUACAUUAUGGAAUCUAUCAGCACGCUGUCCGGAGGAUCAGAAGUUUUUGUGGGACAAUGGCGCGGUGCCGAUGCUGCGCUCGUUGAUACACUCCAAGCAUACCAUGAUCUCGGAGGGCAGCUCCUCGGCGCUGAAGAAUCUUCUGAAUUUUCGGCCCGCUGUACAGAAUCAGGAUCAGUUAGAUCCGAUUGCUCGCUCCAUGGGCCUCAAGCAGCUGCCCACGCUGAAGGCGCGCAAGCAAAAGGCCCUGCAGCAGGAGCUGGGCGAACGGCAUGCCGAGACCUGUGACAACCUGGAGAGCAACACCGGCAGCAGUAUUAGCGCCAGCAAGACGCGUCGCCAUCCAGCUCCCACACGCUUGUCGCGCUCCGCCCUACUGACCAAGAGCGAGAGCCGUGACUCUGUCUAUUCGGCCAAGUCGGACACGGCCUAUGAGCACUUGAUGCGCUCCGAUGCCGCACAGCGACAGGGCAACUUUGAGCUGGAGCUGGAGCACGAUACGGAGGCCACGGAGGAACAGCCCAUUGAUUAUUCUGCCAAAUAUAGCGAAGGUGCCGCCAAUAGCACCAAGACAACAACAUAUCAGGAGACGGAUUUGGAUCAGCCCACAGAUUUCAGUCUGCGCUAUGCGGAGAAUCAACUGGAGGCCGAUUUAAAGUCAACCACGAGCUGUACGCCGGCCGUCAAAGCAGCAACGGGCGAGGGGCAGGAGAUACUGCUCAUUCUGGAUGACAGUGUCAAGUGUUAUCAGACCGAGGAUACGCCCUAUGUCAUAUCGAAUGCGGCAUCUGUCACGGAUUUGCGACAGGCGACCAAAGCGGAAGCGGAAUCGGAAAAAUCGCCGCCUGCCGAAGCCACCAUCAAGCCAUCAAGCGGGGCGGAGAAUGAGGCGGCGACACCGCAAGCGCCCAUCAAACAAUCAUCCGCAAAGCUAUCCUCUGCUGUGGCAUCCGGCUCCUAUACGCCCGAGAAGCCAAUCAAUUACUGCGAGGAGGGCACGCCGGGCUACUUUAGUCGCUACGAUUCGCUCAGCAGCCUAGACGAACCGGGAAAAUCUGCAUCGAAAGCAGCCAAGCCCGUCAAGCUGGAGGAACAGCAAGCGCAACCGGAGCUGCAGCAGCAGCAGCAGCUGCAGGAGGAACCAAUACCGGCCAAGCCCAAUUCGGCCCUGGAGACGCCGUUAAUGUUCUCACGGCGCAGCUCCAUGGACUCACUGGAUGUGGAUGUGGCCAAUUGUGAUGACAAGAGUUCGGUGGUCAGCGAUUUUAGUCGUCUGGCCAGCGGUGUCAUCUCACCCUCAGAGCUGCCCGACUCGCCCACGCAAAGCAUGCCGCAAUCGCCCAGGCGCAGCAGCAUGGCUGGCGCUAGUGUUGUCCUGCCAUCUGGCGGGGCCGGUCAGCGACCCCUGCGCAGCGUCUUCGAGGAUGAUCUGAGCAAAUUCAAUGUGGAGCAUACGCCCGCACAGUUCUCUGGCGCUACCAGCCUGAGCAAUCUGAGCAUUGCGGAUGACGAUAAGCCCAUAUGCGUGGUUGAUGUUGAGGACAACGAUGUGGACAAGGAGGAUGAGCUGCUGUUGGCCAGCUGCAUCAAUAUGGGCAUGCAGCGGGCUGCGGUAGUGAGCGCAGCUGCAGCUGGAGCUGGAGCUGCUGCAAGUGAAACAACAGCAACGGCAGCAGCAGCCACUGGCGAAGAGACCACGCGCAGCUAUUGUACCGAGGACACGCCCGCGCUGCUCUCCAAGGUGGGCAGCAAUACCAAUCUCUCUGCAAUAUCCAUUAGCUCGACAGCCGAAACGCAGCCGCAACGCUGCUCGCUCAAUCUCUCCGACGAUGUCUCUUCCAAUGCCUCCGAUUGCGGUGGCGGCGGUGGCGCUGCGGCAGUGCUGCAGCAGUGCAUCCGAGAUGGCAUGCAGAAACACAAUCCUGUUCCAGUUGCGGCCUUGAAUGCGGAUCCCAUUGCCAUGCUGCGCAGAGGCGGCAAUAUCCUGCCCCCCUAUUUGCCCGUCAGCGAUGAGAUGAGCAAAUAUCUGGUGGAGGAUAGUCCCUGCAAUUUCUCUGUCGUCUCCGGUUUGUCCAAUCUGACUGUGGGCUCUAGUCUCGUCGGACCUGCGGUGCAGCUAAAGGAAACAGCUGGCAUUGCCGACGCGGCUGCGGCAAAACCGGGCAGCCAGGCGGCAGCCGUGGCGCCCCAAAAAGAGAAUACCAGGCGUCCGCCGCAUUGGCAGGAUGAUUCGCUGAGCUCUCUGUCCAUAGACUCCGAGGAUGAUACCAAUUUGCUGAGUCAAGCUAUUGCCGCCGGCUGCAAUAGACCCAAGUCGAAUCUUGGCUUCAGCACGAGCGCAACGAGCAGCAAGCGGUCCAGUUCGCUGUGCUCCUCAACGCAGCCCAUAGCCAUCAAUGCAGCCACCUCGGCGUGCUCGCUGAAUUCGGCGAUUAGUGCGCGCAAGACGGUGCAACAGGAAUCCUACAGCUCGGUGGAUUCCAGCGACUCGAAUGACAAUCAGUCGAAGUCGCUAUUUGAGCUGUGCAUAUUGAAUGGCAUGUACAAGUCCAAAGAGCCGGGCAAAUCCCAGCAGCUGCAGCAAUUGCAGCAGCUGAGCAGCUCCUCGGCACAGUCCAAUCCCAAUCUCAAGCAGUUCGAUUCGCUGCCCGUGCAGUUGCCGGUGCAACCGAAGCGCCAGCGUCAGCAUCAUCAUCACCAUCACCAGCAUCAGCGGGAACGGGAGCGUGAGCGCAAGGAUGAGAAGCUGCUGCUGGAGUGCAUCAAUACGGGCAUAUCGAAGAAAAUCAAUGCCGUGCCAAAAAACGCGCAAGCUACGUCUGCAGCUGCAUUGGAACCGUGUCACCCAAUGGCAGCUACUACAUCAGCAAGUGCCAACAGCACAGCAGCUCCAGACGUAGAGCAGAAAUCGCACGCAAUAUCAAUCCAACACAGCAGCCAAUUGGCCAAACAGAGCAGCCUGCCCAACCGCGGCAUCGACACCGACACAGACGCAGCAAAAAGUCCAGCUCCAAGUCCAGAGAUCGCGAACACGAUCGUUCACAUGACCGUUAUUGGGUCUAGGCUGCCGGAGAACGAUGCGGACCGCUCCAGCGACGAGUCAAAUCAGUCGUUUAUACUGGACACCACAGUCCGGCUCGAUGAAAUAACGGAUGCCAGCAGGCAACGAACCAAUGCCAGCUGCAGCUCGGACAAGCAUAAGGAUCCCGAUUUAAUGCUCAAGUCUGUCGAGCGGCUCACACUAGAGUUUGUGACUUCCGCGGAGCAAUUGCGCACGGGCAAUCACAGUCACAGUCACAGUCAGAGCAACAAUCAUAGUCACAGUCACAGUCAGAGUAACAACACCUGGAACGAGCACACCUGUCCCAAUGAUGUAUCCUUUCCCAGCAUUAGCCAAACGGCGCCAGUGCUGGGCUCGCUCAGCCUGGAUGAUGAUGCUGAUGCGGAUGCCACACAGGCACCGGAUUUACAUGACUUCGCCGAGAUUACGCCCACCAAUGAGACGCAUAUGCCGAGCUCAUUGGGUUUGGUUAACGGCGAGGCAGCUGCAGCGGGCUUGACGCAGACGCAGCCCAACUCCCUGGAAAGCCACACUCUAACCGAGACCCUAAUUGAGCAGCAGCAGCAGAGUCUAUCUUCUGGCCUGAACUUCCAGCUGGGCGGUCAAGUGCUGAGCGCUGCAGUGCACAGCUGCGAGCAGCAGCAGCGAUUGCUCCUGUUCAAUGGCACCAGCGCCUCCAUGAUGACCAACUCCACAAUGAUUGCGUUCGAGGCGCGCGCUCUGGCCGAGAAUCUGCAGCAGCUGCAGGCGUCUGACCAUGACGAUGGCAUCAACCAUGAUGACAGCACAGCACAGUUAACGUUCAGUAUCAAUGGCAGCCUGGAUUUGGACAAUGUGCGCCCGCCUUCUGGCAUGGAAUCGCUGAACUCUGCCUGCAACACGCAGCCCAGCUCGUUGCGUCUGGCUAUGCCCAGCAAAUCACCCAGAUUUGCGCGCAAGGCAUUUCCAGCUGGUCUGGUGGCCAGGCGUGCGCUUGGUCAGCUGGCGGGCAGCGCUGAGAGCGUGAACUCCAGCUGUAAUCUGCUGGAUAACAUUAAGCCGCCAUCGCUUAUGGAUGAGCUGCUGGACUCCAUGAUCAGCGUAGACAGCAUACAGUCCGAGGUGGCCGAUGCGGAUCAGGACUGCAGCAUGGCUACAACCAUAUCGGUUUCCAACUACGAGACGGCUGCUUGUGACGAUCAAACGCUCACAUUGACCGUGCUCCAAAGCUGCUGUGACUACGAUGACGAGGAGGAUGCGACCAUGAACGAGGACUUUAGCUCUGCGGAGUCUACGCCCAAACAGAGCUCGACGCCCUCGCCAAAUCGUCGCACACUUACGCCCAAGCAAAAGCGUCGCCUGGCCAAGGAUCGCUACAAGACGUACACCAUCACGAGCAGCGCUCUAGACGCCGCGGAGGCGAAUGAAACAUUGCAAAUUGAGAUUGAGGAGUCUCUGCAGUCGUCAGCAGCGCCAGCGACACCAUCUCCACGUCUCAAUGGAAGGCGACGCGGCAGUGCCGAUCGCUACAAGACCCAGCUCAUCGAGUGUCCGCGCCAGCUUCUGCUGCUGCAGGAUGAUUGCGCCAGCGAGCAGCUGUCCUCCAUGCGCGCCAUGAUGCAGCGGUUCACCUACAUCACAGACAUCAACAUUGGCCAGCCCAGCCAGCCGGAGGAGGAGACGCCCUCUGCGGUGGAUGAUCCGCCUAGUUGUGAGGGCGAUCAGAACUCGGAAACGGAAUCCUGUCAUGGUCGCGGCCAGUCUCCGCCAGUGGCAGCGGCACAACCCAAGCCGCUAACGCUCAAAAGAGCGACGCCGCCGCCUGCUCUGGAUCCGGCCGCGGCUGUCAAGGUGGUGCGUGGACGCAAGAAGCCCGCCUACAUCUCGCCCUACAGCAUGCAAAGUCAGCGCAAUAGCAGCGCAGCCGCCGCCGCCGCCGCCGCUGCCGCUGCUGCCAAGAACAAGACAAAGACGCUCUCGCCGACCAUAGCCAAGCGCAAUGCCUUACCCGGUGGCACACGGCUGCCGGCCAAAAAGAAGACAACUCCGCCUCCUGCAGCCACGCGUCUGGAACGCCAGGGCACUUUUGUCAAGGAUGAGCCCACAAAUAUGGACGCACAGGUGCCGAUUGUGGAGGCAGUGAGUCCCACGCAGCGCGCCUCCAAGCUGCCCACAAAGCGUGCCACAGCAGCAACAACAACAACAACAACAGCUGCUUCACCCAAGCGCGUCUUAGCCAAAGCCAAAGCAGCGCCUCGUGUGCUGCCAACCCAGCAACGUGCCAAUACCAAUAUACGCCUGGCCAGCGCCAAGGCGGCCGCCGCCUCACGCGUAGCCGCGCAAGCAUCGCGGGUGUCAAGCACAACGCCGCCCUCGCGCAGCAAUUCCAAUUUAAAUGGCGGCAGUGCAGCGUCUGCCGCGGCGGCGGCGGUUAAGAUUAAUCAAGCGCAAAGUCGCAUAGCCAACAUUUGGAAGCGUGUAGACGAGGCCAAAACCAAAACGAAGACCAAGCAAACAACCAAUCUGAAGACGCAGCAAACGAAAUCUUCCAAUACGCUGAACGGCACAGCGGCGCGUCCUAUGGUGCUGCGCAGCUCCACAUUCGACAAUACGCCGCCAGAUGCUGGCACGGUAAGUCAAGCGGCCGGAACAGCAGCUGCCGCCCGAUCCCGGCUGCCCAUUGGAGGUGCGCGCAAAUAGAACCGAACGCACAAAGCGAAUCCCGUCUUGCAUUUUCGUGUGAAUAGCAGAUAAACGAAAUCAAGGAAUGUUUAUUAUAUAUAAUUAUAUAUCUUACAAACCUAUAUAGUCUUGAUAUACAUAUAUAUAUAAUAUAUAUAUAUAUAUAUAUAUCUCCUAUACUACUUCAUUUAGCGGGUAGCUAGAUUUGUUAAGCCUAGAAACUAUAUCUAAUCCAAUUCACAGUCAGAAACGAAGAGCCUAAAACGCGUUGAAACAGCUCCAAGUUCGUGUGUAGCCAAAUGUAUUGCAUUAAAAUAAUAAAUUAGAUAUUCCUUCGGGCCUUUUCAGAUGUGUACAACCUAUAUAGAGCAUAUAUCCUAUAUACCUACGAAACAUAUAUCAUAUAAUACGAUAUUUAAAGUUGUAAUAUUUAUCAAUAUUAUUUAUAGCAGGCAUAUAAGGUCUAUGUAUGUUGGGGCUUCUCUUUGAAAUAGGCCAAAAUUAAUCAAAAAAAAAAAAAAAAAAAAAUAAUAAUUUUAUA